AUGUUUCAAAACAACCUUUGCUUACGCAUCGGCAGCUAUGUAGAAGAGCUCCAUAUCCCUUUACACAAGCUCCCAACCAUCGAUAUUCCAGCAUCGUCAAGUAAAAAGAAGCAAGCUAUCGCCACCUCAGAACUCCUUAAACUGCUUCGACUCGUGCUUGGAAUUGUGCUGAAAAGCGACAACAAUGAUGAGCAGGUCCGCGCCAUGCAAGACCUGUCUCUUGAUGAGCAGGUAACGAUGAAAAACGUUGUUGAAGACGUCCUCGCUAAUUUCCCCUCUCCUGAAGACGCGCACUUCUCAGAAAACAAUGAGAAAAAUUCGGAUGCGAACCAAUAUCGCCAAGAGCUCAACGCACUGCGCCGGGAUCUCGCUCGCGCGAAUGAACGCGUGUCCCAGUACCAUGAACAACUUGGGCACAUUGAGUCUGAAUUCGAGCGUGCCACGACAGAAAACAAAGAACUCGCCUCUCAACUCGCAUCUUUUCGGUCUCUGGAGCAGGAGCGCAACACAAUGCGCGACCUACUUGAUGAAUACAAACCUAUGAUCGACGCAUACAAGAAGCAGGAACGCACGCUUGGAAAACUGCGCGAGCGCGCAGAGGAGACGUUGGAAUUGAAACGUCAAGUGAAAGAGCUCGAAACAAAAAACGCUGAGCUGGUCGAGCAAGCCUCUGAUGCAGCCGAUCGAUCAGCCAGCGACUUUGCUGGUAAGCAGCGCGCUGUCUCGCUCAAGUCAGAUCGCAAGUAUGCUCAGCUUGAGGAUCAGCACGCAGAGCUCGUAAAGGAGCGGAAUGUGUUACAAGCACAAUUUGCUCUUCUCGAAGACAAGCGGCAUCAAGACCAGAUCCAGCUCCAGAGUCUUCUAGAACGCGUACGCUCUCUCGAGGUUGAUGACACACAUCAUCGCGAUACUUUGCCUGACGCACUCCGUUCCAGCGUUUCGCAGGUGGAGCAUACACAGGAUCCUUUACCGAUCACGAGAAAUGUGGAAAAGUCUCAUGAUGCCCAGUUACUUGGACAGGUGCAAUCUGCACAACAUUCAUCGAGACAAAACGUUGGGUAUGGGACCUUGGACCUAGGCACAACGCUAGCCGCUGUACAGGCAGACAUUACAGCAAUGAGAAAUAACAACACAUCCAGGCGCUCUGAGAUCGAGCAUUUGCUUCGUAAGCUUGAGAAGAAAUGGCCCAAGGAUGCAGGCAAAUCAAGUACCAAAGACAUUAAAAAUGUAUCAAACCUACUUGCCGACUCAUUCCAGCAUGAGAACCUGGUGUUGGAGCGACUCCAGCAUUGCUGGGAUCAGGCGAAUACCGUAAGUACCAUUUCGCACCCCUUCAAAUGCACAUGCACAUGCGUAGGAUCAAGUGCACUGACGUUCUCGAACCUGACAGAUUAUACACGAUCGCGGCCCGUACAUUCCGACGACGACCGACGCAGAGGUAUGCCAAUUCACGUUACUUACGCAGCGCGAACGUGA